ACCUUUGUACUUUUGUCUCGUCACAAGGGUCAGUAUGACUGGCCAGUUAUCAGUACAGGAGUAAAAGCAAAGGCUUGUCACACAUCUGGCGAGUGCAACCAGUGCAAAGCCAAAAGCACGGGACGGUAAACUAAAAUCUCUACCAUGGUGAACAGGAGGCGAAAUGGGUCCCGUGCUAACGGACGUGCUGGUCGAGGAGGGGUUCAAACACACCAACAGCAGCAAUGCAAGCGGUCACCUGUUAAGGCUUUUAGAGAACCAGCCAUCUUUGCUAAACAAUCAGGCAGCUCCUCAGACACCCCACAUGACAAAGUGACUUUAGCCCAGGCUCACCGUGGCACUCCAGCUCAUCGGCCCGUACGAGUGUAUGCUGAUGGAAUCUUUGACCUCUUCCAUUCAGGCCAUGCCCGGGCUCUGAUGCAGGCCAAGAACUUGUUCCCAAACACACAACUGAUUGUUGGCGGUGAGUCACACUGGCACACAUACAACCUACACUAUGCGGGUUACACCAGCAACAUGCUUGUAGACACUGCAUACGAGCAAUUAGCACAUGUACUGCACGUCGACGCGGACAACAAUGCAGAAAUGGACUUUGUGGCACAUGAUGAUAUCCCAUACACCUCUGCUGGAUCAGAAGACGUCUAUAAACAUAUCAAAGAAGCAGGAAUGUUUGUGGCUACUUAAAGAACGGAGGGGAUUUCUACCUCUGAUCUCAUCACGCGUAUUGUUCGAGAUUAUGAUGUCUACGUCAGAGGUAACCUCCACAGAGGAUACACAGCACGGGAACUCAAUGUUGGCUUCAUCAAUGAGAAGAAGUAUCGCCUGCAAGAGCAGGUGGACAGAAUGAAGGAGACAGUGAGCACGGUGGAGGAGAAAUCCAAACAUUUAGUGCACCGUGUUGAAGAGAAGAGCCACAAUCUCAUCUACAAAUGGGAAGAGAAAUCUCGCGAGUUCAUCAGAAACUUCCUGGAGUUGUUCGGUCCAGAUAAAGCCUGGCACAUGAUCCAGGAGCGGAGUGGCCUUGUUCUCCAGGCUCUGUCUCCCUAUCAGUCACCAAGUACGUCGCCCAGCUCCAGUCCCACCAGAGGUCGCUCUACAUCACCUGUCUCCCAAUGGCCCCUGCUCCGUUUCCGUUCACCGCCACCUAAAGGAGCCUCUGUCAGCAGCAGUGAGGGUGACGAGGGGGAAAAUUAGGUGGAGGCUGGCUCUACUACCAACUGCACAUUUGCACAGGCACCUUCUAGUUUUGUUUUCUGUUUUUUAUGAAUCAAAAUGCUUGAUCUUCAAAUGCAUGGUGCUCAAAGAUCCAGACUGGCUUCAUAAUUCUGUAGAAGAAAAGCGUAAAAAGCAUUUACUUUUAUUAUAGAACUGAACACUUCAUAACUUGUCUUUCAAGUUAAAGGGCUGUUCACACACACUACAACUAUAUAUACAGUGGG